UCAGAGGAGAGGGGCCCCUUGGGCCUACGCGUCGCCGUUCGCACAGGUUGCAAAAAGGCGAAAGGGCCUUUCCCCGUUUCCUUUCUCUCACAAAACUUUUUGUGGCUUUCUCGCGGCCGGCGACGGAGUCCGUCGCCGAGCCACACUAAACUGACCAUCUUACCCUCAUGCGGUACCCCAAGAAAACGAUGUUUCCCGCGAGUCUGCGCCUAUGAUUAGUGACCCGGAGAGGGUAUUUUCGUCACUUACUUGCUGACGUGCGGCCCACCCCCAUGCGCAUAGGGAACAGGAGAAGGCUGACGAUCAGCCUAACCGCGCGAACUCCUCCGGAUUUUAUCUCUUCCUCUAGCCGGAGCCGCGUCUGAAAGACCGAAAGCCGGAUUCCGGGUGUGUUUUCGGCGGCUUUGUGUCUAUGUUGGCGGAAGUGGAGGUUGUUGUGCACGUGCCGUUGCGUCCCGGUGACGCAGGAGGGGUGAGAGAGAGGGAGAGAGCCAGAGGAAGAGGGGGAGUUGGGGUUAGGGUUUAGAUAAAUGCGGGUAGGGACGAGAAGGAGAACCCGUGAGGCUCGUGAGGGCGAUGCCGACGUCCAAUCCUCCAGUGGAAGCUGCGGAACCCAUGGACAGGCGCCCUCUAUGGCACGCAACCAACGGCGGAGUUGAUGGCGACGGCGGGCACCGGUGGAGGAGGACUGAGAUAGCGACUGGCCCCGGGGUCGCGAGGGGACCCAGAGGUGCUUAUAAUUACGGGGCGGGGCGCGGGGUCGGGGUAGGCGGUGCGGGCAAGAUGAUCGGAGGGGCGAGGCUCAGGGUGCCCGGGAUGAGGGAACUGGGAUUCAAGGCGGUGAGGACGUCGUCGAGUGGGGAGAGCGCGGGUUCCGGCGGGGAUACUUCGUCGGCGGCGUCGUUGACGGCGGCGAUCGGGAGGGAGAUCGGGCUGGUAAGCGAGGCAUCGGGCGAGUUCUGGAAGGGCGAGAGCUGGGCGAGGCGGGCGAGAGAAAGCUACUACCUUCAGCUGACGCUCGCACUGCGGCUCACGACGCACGCGUUCUUGGCGGAGGAGGCGGAGCUCCUCCGCGGCGGCGAGCCGGCCUCCAAGGAGGGCUCCUCCGCCGCGAUGGCCUACCGCUUCUGGGUUACAGGUUGCUUGUCGUAUUCUGAUAAGAUAUCUGAUGGGUUCUAUCUUGUUAUGGGAAUGAAUCCAUACCUGUGGGUCAUGUGUAAUGGCGCAGAAGAAGCGAGACGCAUGCCCUCGCUAUCAUCUCUUCGAGCGGUAAGUCCCGCUGAUUCGUCUAUGGAGGCGGUUCUUGUUAACAGAGCGGGGGAUCCACAGCUUAGGGAGCUUGAGGAAAGGGCACUGUUCUUUUAUCAUGCUUCAGGCAGCACGGUGGAGUUGGUGGACAAACUUGGGAAGCUUGUCUGCAUGGUUUUGGGUGGCUCGUUCCAAACAGAGCAUGGCGAGCUCUAUAGGCAAUGGCAAGCAUCUAGUGAGAUGUUGAGAGAAUGCCAUGGUUCUGUGGUGCUUUCAAUUGGCAGCCUUACCAAGGGGCUUUGCAGACAUCGUGCUGUGCUGUUUAAGGUGUUGGCUGAUGCUAUUAAAUUACCAUGUCGGAUUGCUCGAGGUUGUAGAUAUUGUGCAUCAGAAUGUAGCACUUGUUGUCUCAUCAAAUUGACAGAUGAUAAAGGGAUAUGGAGGGAGUGUGUAGUUGAUUUAAUUGGAGAGCCAGGAACUCUUCAUGAGCCUGAUUCCUCCAUAAAUGGGCCUUCUGUUUUAGCAAUGCCAUCACCUUUCCGAAUUUCAAGUGCGUUCUGUUAUCCAUACAUCAUAAACAAGGAAGACCCUCUUCACAGGAUCCCCCAACAAACAGGGAGACAAGGUUCCAUUGAUCUAAUUGACACGACAAGUCCUCAGGAAACAAAUAAUCAUUACCGAGUUGAGGUAGGCAGUGGGAAAACCACUCUUCCCAUGUUGGAACUUAAAUUAUGUGAUAAUUCAAAAGCAUGCAUGCCAUUUCAAACUGAGGAAGGACACACCACCAAUAUACCGCUGCUUAUGGAGUUUAAAGAGUAUGCUGAGGGGCUCCCCCAUGAUAAGAGGCCGGCUAGUCAAGAUUGCAUGCCCGAAAUUCAUCAAGGUGCUAGUGAAAAGGCUCCAGUUCAUCAUGUUGAUCAGUCUAUGGCUUUUGUUGAGAAGCCUGUUACGGAAGCUAGUUUUCCCUGCCAUAUUCCAAUGGAUUGUAAUAAGCUUGAAAAGUCAAAAUUAGAGUCUUCUGUUCAGCCGACAGCAACUGAAAACAAAAGGGUUUUGCCUAGUUCUAGUGCUGCUAGACCAGGUUAUGUGAACCUUGAACCAUCUCUUGCAAUGGAUUGGCUCGAAAUCCCAUGGGAUGACCUGCACAUAAAAGAGCGUGUUGGUGCUGGUUCAUUUGGAACUGUUCAUCGUGCUGAAUGGCAUGGAUCGGAUGUUGCUGUUAAGGUGCUUAGUGAACAAGAUUUUAGUGAGGAUCAGCUAAGGGAAUUUCUAAGAGAGGUUGCUAUCAUGAAGCGUGUCCGUCAUCCCAAUGUCGUUCUCUUCAUGGGUGCAGUUACUAAACGUCCACAUUUGUCAAUAGUGACUGAAUACUUACCAAGGGGUAGUCUGUAUCGUCUAAUUCAUAGAGCAGCUGGUGGUGAGAUAUUGGAUAAGAGGAGGCGUUUGCGCAUGGCAUUGGAUGUGGCCAAAGGCAUUAACUAUCUUCAUUGUCUUAGUCCUCCUAUAGUUCAUUGGGAUCUUAAGACUCCAAAUUUGUUGGUAGAUAAAAACUGGGCAGUUAAGGUGUGUGAUUUUGGGUUGUCUAGAUUCAAGGCCAACACUUUUAUUUCCUCCAAAUCCGUUGCUGGGACGCCUGAGUGGAUGGCUCCUGAGUUCCUCCGUGGAGAGCCUUCGAAUGAAAAAUCUGAUGUAUACAGUUUUGGUGUAAUAUUGUGGGAGCUUGUAACGAUGCAACAACCAUGGGUUGAGCUUAGCCCUGCACAGGUAGUAGGAGCUGUUGCUUUCCAGAACAGAAGGCUUGCCAUCCCACCAAAUACAAACCCCACCUUAGCUGCUCUCAUGGAGGCUUGCUGGGCCAGUGACCCAAAGCAGCGGCCAUCUUUUGCUAAUAUUGUGGACACACUGAAGAAAUUAUUGAAAUCUCCUUCACAGUCUGUGCAUAUGGGGGAUGCCUGAUAAUUCUCGAGGCAGUUUCUGUUGAUUUUUUAUCUUGUCUCGGCCAAUAAAACAAGAUAAAAUGAUGACUGACGAAACGGUGGAGUUGAAGAGUAAAUCUGGCGCUUGUUGGCAAGCACUUGCCUUGAGGUUGUUGGGUCUCUAAUGCCUGCCCAUCUUUGCGAAUAGGGUGUGUUGUCUUCGACGCUAAGAGUUGCUUUCUGCAGCUUGUGAGAUGAAUGCCAGGCAGAUUGAAUUAUUUUUUACACGAGGACCCUUACAUAUUUUUCUUGUAAAUAUUAACCAGCGUAUAGUUCUUUUUCAACCUUGUAUAAGUGCGUUGACUAUCCACAAUGUCACAAAGAAAGUAAUCGAGUCGUAUCCUUUGAUGCUA